GUGACACGGUGUGACGGCAGAUGCGCGGCAAACGGCGCCGAGUGAGCAGCUUCUUCUCUCGCGAUUGUUCCGGUAAAACGGUGCCCCCGGUGCGACGCUGUUACGAAUGACGUGCGGCGGAGACGCGGCCGUGGAUCCCUGACGAGCGCGACGAGCCGUCGUCGUCGUCGGAGUCGGAGCGCUGGUGCUUCUAUCAGUUCUAUCUCGCCCUCGGCGAGACAGUUUAACUGUGUGCUCCAGCAGGGAGAGAAAGAGAGGGGAGGAGAAGAAGCGCGACCGGGUGCGACCUUGCCCUCGACCAGCUGCCGGAGAGUCCAGCAUCACGAACGUGCAGUUGAGAAAUAAUUACCGAAAAUGAGUUGCAUGUCGCAGUGCGCCAAGUACUUUCUCUGCUUCUUCAACUUUAUUUUCUUUAUCGCCGGAGGAGCAGCAUUGACUGUCGGUAUCUGGCUUUUCGCUGACAGAACCUCGUUCACCAAUCUCAUCGCGAAACUCGAUCAAUCCGACUUGCUGACCAAAACGGAUGCCGAUGUCAUCAAGAUGAUGGCCUACAUUCUUAUCAUCGCUGGUGCUCUCACGUUCAUUAUCAGUUUUCUUGGAUAUUGCGGCGCUAUGUUCGAGUCCAGGUGUCUCCUCUGUGUCUACGGCAUUUUAAUCUUGGUGGUUUUGAUCCUGGAGUGUGUGGUAGUCGGCCUCGCUUUUGGACUUAAAGGAGACGUCGAGAAAGGUACGCAGGACUUCUUGAAGGAUACCAUCGCUAAGUAUUAUGCGACAACCAGCGAUAAAAUUGAUACAGUGACAGUCGCGUGGGAUGGUAUCAUGAGUAAGCUCCAUUGUUGCGGCGUGGAAAAUUAUCGUGACUUUAGCGAAAAUAAGAACUGGACUGCAAUGGUUGGAAAAAUGGUUCCUGAUGCCUGCUGCAUAAAAGAAAAUGACGUUCUGAAGGAUUCCACAUGUCCAAUAAAUCCCACCUCGUUUAAUACGUACCAAACGGGCUGCUACAAGGCCAUAAUGACAGCCAUCGAGGAGAAUGCAGCGAUUGUAAUCGGUGUGGCCGCUACCCUGGUCUUCAUCGAGGUCCUGGUGAUUAUUCUGGCGUUGUACCUAGCCUGCUGCUAUUGGCGCCCACAACAUGUUUAUCGAUGCGUAGAACCUUCUGGCAAGGAGUAACCUCGAGAGCAGAAUGUGCUAAGCUUUCUGCCAGCAGUUCUUUUGAACGCAGUUUCUUUUUCUUUAAGGACUUUGCGAAUACCUCGAUUGUGUUUAUACGUGUAUAUUUAAUAUACGUACAUAACACAUAUAAUGUACGUACGCAUACGUGCAUAUAUAUAUAUAUAUAUAUGCAUAUAUGUAUGUACAUGCUUUCGUGUACUUUCCAAUGCAAUGGUGACGCAAGUUGAAUCCGAUGGCAUCGUACCGCAUCGUGCGCUUUGAUCGCAUCAGAACUAACGUAACGAGAAUCGAAGGAUUGCGAAUCCAAAAAGCCAUUUAACUGAUUAUAUAUACUCGAUCGACAGAGCGAUCGCUGAUCAAAAUGGCUAAUCACGAUCGCUCUAAAGUAUUGCUCGAACCCUUCGAUCGCUCGCGCGUUAUGAAUUUCACGUCGUAUGAAUUUCAACGGAAAUCGCGUUGAGCGAAAAACGCAUAGAGGAUCAUUCAUGAUCUUUGUCAAUGCGAGAGCUUUAAAGUUGCAUGUGCCAAAUUAUACCACGCGGUCAAUCGCGGAAAUGUGAGUCACUCGUCAAGCGCUUUACCUCGAUGCUCAAGUACCAAUGUAUCAAACGCAUUCGCUUUCACCGAGAUUGAUUAUUAACAUGGAGUACACAUUCGUAGGACACUGCGAGCAAAUCGUUCAACGUUUUGACGCAUGUAGAAAUAAUCCUUCUUUAUUUAGUCUUUCUGCAAGUGUAGGAGUUAAAUGAAGGAACCAAUUUGAACGUCACACGGAUAAAAAUAUUUCUUUUUAUAUUCCUCGCGCUAUUGUAUUAAUCGCUAUUUUAUUAAUGUAAUACUUGUUUCUAUCCGCUCAAUAUCCGCUUUUGAACGAUCUGUUUCUAAUGAAACUCGUAUUUCGAUAUUUCAUCAUUGUCUUGCAACGUCUUACUUAAAAUGCUUUUAAAUUCUGGCGAAAUGACCAAUAAUGUAUACAUAAUAUGCCGGAAUACUUCUCAACCGCGAACUUUAUUGUCCAAGUUCUCGCAUGAAGAACGUGAAAUGAGAGACACAGCUAAAUCUGCGAUAAUAACUUUAAUUAUUAUGUAUCUCGGUUACGAUCACCCAUCGGACAGCUUGCUUUCCCAAGAUUCUUGAACAUUCGUUCGAUCAUAUAUAUAUAGUAGUUAUUUUUUCAAUAUUUCGCAUUUCGCCUUGUCAAUAUGAAGAAAAAAUUGUCGCACGAGAAUUUCCGUAGUUUUUAUAAACAACCGAGGUCAAUCGGUGGUGAAAGUGUUGUUGAGUGCAGCACAAUUUCACGUUCGGAUCCUCGACGGUGAGGUGAAUACCUCGUGAAUACGAAGAAAUUACGGUGUUACACACGCGCGUAUCCACAUCUCUGAAUUGAUCACAAUCCAUCCCAUUAAAGUAGAACCUUUUUCUCAAUUGGAAGGCAUUGACAA